AUGGUCUAAUGACGAUAAUAUUAUUCUAAUGUUCGUUUUUCUAAAGAUACUGCAAUAGUCAAAGUGUGAUGGUAGGCGCUAAACUUUAUAAAGGAGAUUUAGCGGGCCGUGUUCUACAAUCAUGAAGUAAGACUCUGUGCAGAUUUUCUCGCCUACGAUGUUGGUCCCAAUCAGCAGAGAGCUCGCCUGCAUCCUGAGCUUGAGCUUGUCUUUUAUGCUCUUGUUUUCUUCAGACAAUACCAUGACAAACAUGCAGAAGACAAUCGUAUCCAGCAUCUCUGAUGACAAGUCGGACUUCCAAAUAGAAGGCUACAACGUCAUAGGAGUAUCUUGGUCAGUACUUGCAGUCAGCAUCUGGUUUGGACCGUAUCUCACCCUCGCAAUAGGGCCUAAGUUGACAAUGAUCAUGUCUGCUGUUGGAUACAUGUGUACAACAAUUCCUUAUAUUAUCGAGAAUGAGUGGGUGAUAUAUGGAGGAGCUGUUGUAACCGGAAUGUCAUCUGGGUGUCUGUGGCCAGCCGAGGGGCAGUACAUGAUUGGAAACUCGUCACCACAAACCACAGCGCGAAAUGUGGGCAUUUUCUGGACAAUGUUUAGGGCUUCGAGUCUGUGGGGUAACCUGUUUGUCUAUUACCAAUUCCACGGGAAGCAGUAUAUCGACCAGUCCACAAGAAGAACAGUGCUGUACUUCUUGCUGGGUAUAAACAUAUUGGCAAUAGCAUCAUUCAUGGGUCUUCCCAGGUCCACCAAUGACAAUAAAACAGAGGGCUACAGUCCUGCAAAAACAGUGAAGAAGUGUUGGACUAUACUUAAGUCACGCAAGCUGCAUUGGCUGAUGUUCACAUUUAGCUAUACAGGUUUGCAGCAGGCAUUUGGAGAUGGAAUCUAUAGUCCUAGUAUUGGAUUCACUUUAGCAUUUGGGAAUUCUGCUAAGGGAUUGGUUGCACUAAGUGGCAUCUUAAUGAGUGUUGGCGGUCUAAUUGGCGGAGUUUGCCCCGUCGUGUUUUCCACAUGGAUCAGAAGACACAGGUAUGCUCGGAGAUCAAUUGUUAUGGUUGGCUGCACUGCUCAGCUAUUCACUUACCUCAUCACAUUCAUCAACCUACCAGACACUGCGGUGUUUGGCAACACUGACCAACCGAGCCUCAUAACUCCGAGUGCAACAUUGGCCAUGACAGGCAGUCUACUUCUGAACUUCGGUGAUUCUUGUUUAAACACUCAAAUAUUCUCCAUUAUCGCCGACCUUUAUCGAGAUAGCAGCGCUGAGGCAUGUGCCUUUUAUAAGUUUUUCAAGGCAGUGUGCAUUGCUCUCAGUUUCUACUGUUGUAGCCACAUUGGGCUGCAUGUUCAAGUAGCAAUCCUGUCUGCGAUGGCUCUGAUUGGUGUUUUUUGUUUCUUCAUUGCCGACAGAGACAUCGUCACAGCUACUACUGACAGUAAUACAGUCACUCAAGACACCGAAACAAGUCAAAAUAAGGAAAUCUUAACUCGCCUCUAAUAUAAUCGACUUCAACAUAAUUGGUUUGGUUUUGAAUGGUGCCAAUAUGCCUAACUUCACACACACCAUAAUGUUGUUAUAUUUUGUACUUAUUUUGUAAUAAAAUCGGAUAAAAAUAA